GAAAAGUCCCCAUUUCAGAAAUUUCAAGACUCGUGACUUUUUUUAAAAAAAACGGUUCCCCUUUCACCUCAUUGACUUUCAGAUAUGUCGUUUGUGAAGCGUAAGAAGUUUGCCACGAUGCUUCUUGGCGUGCUUUGUCUUCUUGGCUUCAUUAUGGCACUAGAAUUCCAUUGGCACAACCAUGUGUGGAGCUUCGAACACGUGAAAUAUAAACCACAGCCAGCAGACGUUCGGAAAUCAGGGCAAAUAUUCGAAUUCAUUUCAAACUUUGAAGAUACCCGUCGCCAUAUAGAGCUUGUUGUUCAAGAUAUGUGGUGCUUUACAUUGGCCAAACUAAAACCUUUAGCUCAAUAUAUUCAUUCAGACAAGUCAACGACUUUUGAACAGCUGCUAAGCCAACUUGGAGAUUAUAAGAGGUAA